GUGUGACAAGAAUGGAGAUGGUAAACUUUCCGAAAAUGAAGUUAAAGAGGUCAUACUCAUGAGCGCAUCCGCCAACAAGCUAACAAAACUGAAAGAAAACGCGGCCACGUACGCAGCCCUGAUAAUGGACGAGAUGGACCCGGACCACAAGGGCUACAUCGAGAUCUGGCAGCUGGAGGCCCUCCUCUGCGGGAUGGUCAACCAAGACAGCUCCGCCGAGGAGGCCAGCACCAAGAUGAACCGCCACGCCAAGUCCUUAGCCCGAGCCAUGAUCCCGAGCUGCUACCGCUCCCCAGUCAGCCGCUUCUUCACCCACGCCACCGAGUACGUCCACGAGAACUGGAAAGUCAUCUGGAUCCUCGCCCUCUGGGCCGCCGUCAACGCCUACCUCUUCCAGUGGAAGUUCUUCGCCUUCGUCGGCACCCCGCUGUUUCAAAUCUCCGGCUACUGCCUCUGCAUCGCCAAGGCCACCGCCGAGACCAUCAAGUUCAACAUGGCACUCAUCCUCGUCCCCGUCUGCCGUCGGACCCUCACCUCCCUCCGCUCCACCGUCAUGGGCCGGUUCAUCCCGUUCGACGACAACAUCAACUUCCACAAGGUCAUCUCCGUCGCCGUGGCAGUCGCCUCGUUGGUCCACACCGUGGCACACGUGGCGUGCAACUACCCGCUCCUCGCGUCGUGCCCUAAGGACAGGUUCGACUCCUUGGUCGGGAAAGCGUUCGACUACCACCAGCCGACGUAUGGGGCUCUGAUGGAGCAUUCCAUAAGCGUCACCGGGGUUCUGAUGGAUUUGAUCAUGGCGUUCUCGUUCACGCUGGCGACGCACUCGUUUCGGAGGAACGUGGUGAAGCUGCCCGGGAUGUUUCAUAACUUGGCUGGGUUUAAUGCGUUCUGGUAUGCUCACCAUUUGCUUGCCGUGGCGUAUGUUCUGCUCUUCUUGCAUGGCUGGUUCUUGCUCACCGAGAAGCCUUGGUACGAGAAGACGACGUGGAUGUAUAUAGGUGGUCCAGUGACUUUGUAUGCCUUAGAAAGAGUGUUUCUAUCAUACAGGGAGCGCACAGAGCCGGUCACAAUAAUUAAGGCAGUUAUAUACUCGGGAAAUGUUCUGGCAUUGUACAUGACAAAACCCAUGGGUUUCAAGUACAAGAGUGGGAUGUACAUCUUCGUUAAGUGCCCCAACAUCUCCAGCUUCGAAUGGCAUCCCUUCUCAAUAACAUCGGCACCGGAUGACGACUACUUGAGCGUCCACAUAAGAACACUAGGUGACUGGACGACGGAAAUGAAGACCAUAUUCGCCAAAGUUUGCGAGCCUCCCCAGGAAGCGAAACCCAGAUCAAUGAACCUGAUGAGAAUGGAGACCAGAAACGUGUCCGAGUUUCCGACGAUCCUGGUGAAAGGCCCAUUCGGUGCCCCGGCCCAGAACUACAACAAGUACGACAUAUUGCUGCUGGUAGGGUUAGGGAUCGGAGCCACUCCUUUUGUCAGCAUCAUAAAGGACCUCCUCAAUGGGCUUAGACCAAUGAAGCCAUUUAUUGAUGAAUUGGUAGUGACACGUGGCUCUUGCAUGCAUGCUUGCUUGCAGGGUGAGUUUUCAGUGGAGCAAGCGUCCAAGAAGUACCCGGAGAGAGCCUACUUCUAUUGGGUGACCAGAGAACAAGCGUCGUUCGAUUGGUUCAAGGGUGUGAUGGACGACAUUGCGGAGUACGAUCGCAAUCAUAUAAUUGAGAUGCACAAUUACCUGACCAGCGUGUACGAGGAAGGAGACGCCCGGUCGGCACUCAUCGCCAUGGUUCAGAAGCUUCAGCAUGCCAAAAACGGUGUCGAUAUUGUCUCCCAGAGUCGAAUAAGAACACACUUCGCAAGACCCAACUGGAAAAGGGUUUUCUCGGAUUUGGAGAAGGCACAUCCAUCUUCGCAUAUAGGGGUGUUCUACUGCGGGAGUGUGGCCUUAGUGAAGACAUUAAGGGAACUCUGCCAGGAUUUCAGUCUGAAUUCAACAACCCGGUUCCAUUUCCACAAGGAGAACUUCUAAUUAAGAGACAUUAGUUCUGUCCAUCGUAGUUCUUCAUGAUUUAUUCUCUAUAAUGUAUUAUAUUUGCAAAGCAAGUGGAAGAUUCUCGUAACUAAACACCCUGUGAAAGGGGCGUAGACAACACUUCUAAGUGUAAUUUGUUUUUCUUUAGGGGUACUUUAGAAUUUUGUAUAUCCAAUAGGAGUAGUCAUUUGGUCAGUGAAAAAUGAGAUACACAUACGGUUAUUUAAUUUGUUCUAUCCUAGGUUAUAUUAGGAUAUAUAUCCAGUUUCAUGCAUCUUGGGUUGCAUGGUCUUUGCAUCCGACUCUUCACUUGACGUGAGUUUUGGGUUGUUGUGCCUCAAGCACAGGCCCAACCUGUGCCGUAUACACUCUCGCAAGUUGAACAAUGUAUGUUACUAAUAUUUAAUUUGGAUACUG